AUGGAUGCCAAUGUAACGGAGGUGGACGAGUUUUGGCUGUUCCUGAAGAAGAUGGAGGCUGGGUGGGGCGCCACAGUUCUGCUGGUACCAUGCGUGGUGGUGCUGGCAGCCGCUUUGUUGCAUGUUUACGCUUUGGUGUCGGGCCUUUUGUCCAAAUCUUGUGUGCGGAACAAAGUGGUGCUGCUCAGCGAUGCUUUGUCCACCCUCGGGAAAGAAUGCGCCAGUGUCUUCCAUGAGGGUGGCGCAAGAUUGAUCCUGUGUGGCAAAAACUGGGAGAAACUCCAGGAGCUCUCGAAUGACCUAAUGGACGCCUCCGAUCCGAGCAUGACAUUCCCCCCUAAACUGGUGCUUCUCGAUUUUGGACAAAGAGAGUUGCUCCCCGAUUCCAUCAAGGAGGUCCUGGAGUGUUAUGGUUGCGUGGACGUUCUCAUCCUCAACGGCAACCUGAAGGUCAAAGCGCCUGUGUACAUGUUGACCCUGGAGAUGGACAAACUUCUCAUGGACAACAACUAUUUCGGCCCCGUCGCGCUGGUUAAAGGGGUCCUGCCCUCUAUGACGGCCCGGCGCUCAGGUCACCUCCUGCUGGUCAACAGCAUUCAGGGGAAACUGGCGGUGCCUUUUCGUACCUCCUAUGCUGCGUCCAAGCAUGCGGUGCAGGCCUUCUUCGACUGCCUCCGUUCCGAGGUGGACGAGUUGGGCAUCUGCGUCAGCACCAUCAGUAUCACCUUCAUCAGUUCACGUGCAUCUGAGAAGCAGAAAGGCACAGACGCCAAGUCUUUCUGGUCGUAUCUAUACACAAAGAAGCCACUGGGUAUUUCGUCCAGUAAGGCAGCCAAUGAGGUGGUGAAGACUUUGAGCAACAAACGUAAAGAGGUGUUGAUGGCCCCUUCGCUCCCAAAAGUGGCCCUGUACGCACGCUCUUUCUUUCCCAAUGUGUUCUUCGCAAUCAUGGCGGCGGGCGUAAAGGACUCCACUACUACCAAACUAUAG